AUGCAUUCUGGAAGCUCCUUGAUAUGCCAACAAAGUGGAAAGCCAGACAUGAUUGAAUUUUACAACGCCACAAAAGGGGGUGUUGAUACCUUUGACCAGAUGUGUGGACACAUGUCCACAUCACGCAAAACCAAGCGUUGGCCACUCUGCAUUUUUUAUGGAAUGAUAAAUAUUGCAUCCAUAAACGCAUUUGUGAAUAAUGAUCACAAUAUGCAUAAAGCAAGCAAAAAACCGUAUAACAGAAGACAAUUUAUGAUUGGAUUGAGCCGUGAGCUGAUGACGCCCUGGAUGAAGCAUAGAAUACAAAUGCCAAGUUUGCAGCGCUCAAUCAGAUCAACCAUUGGUAGUAUUCUCAAAGUGGAACCAGUACAAGAAAGAGCAACUCCGGGAGUAUCGGGUAGAGCUAUUUGCCAAAUAUGCCCAUCCAAGAAAAGAAGAAUGACCACUAACAAAUGUGAACAAUGCCAACGGGCUUUUUGUUUGGAACAUCGCGCCUUACUUUGCUCGGUGUGCGGCAGUGUUAACUGA